AUGAAGUAUCUUGAGUCAUGUGUGAAGACAAGGUACAUUCUCAGAGGUCAAUUGGCAAAAAUUGCACCGUUGGCAAAUGUCAAUAUCCGAGUCAGCAUACCUACAGCUAAAGGUUCUUCACAUGACGACUAUGUUGUUGACAAAGACUUACCAUGGUUGAAGAUUGUAAUUGUCCACAACCACUUCAUGUUGAACGAAAGUCUUACAAACCCAUUGUUCGGAAAAGGCAAGUGCAACAUUGUCAGAGCUGUAAACAUUCUUUUCGAGAAAGGUUUGUUGGAACCAAUUCCAGAUGACAAGCUGACAGAAACUUUUGUACCAAAAGACGAAACAAACUUUUCAUUGUUAGCAAGACCAAAAGUUGUUCCAGACAAAGUUAUAGCACAAAAGAAGUACACUGUUUCAAAAGGAGUUGGAUUGUUCGGAUACCAACCUGAACCAGAAGAACUUCCAAUGAGGUUGCAAGAACUUCAAGAUGCUAUAAACAAACUUCCAUUGAGACAUCCAAUUGACGUCAAAUUGUAUUGGAGAGCAUCGGAGUUAGGUCAGAAGGUUUUAUAUGAAACAGGUUGCUUCGACGAUGUUUAUGAGAUAGCAGGCGAAGUUUCUCAGAAGAUAAGAGACUCACUUGAAUUUCCACGAACUGGACCCAUUGGUUGCGACAAGUUCGACUCAGAUGAAAAGAUAUACUAUGUCGACCUUAACGCUGCGUACAUGAGAUUUGUCCAAUAUAUCCCGACUGGAAUUCCAAACGAAGACGGUGAGUUCCCAGGAAGGAACUAUACAGUUGGAAAAGUCAUACAACAACUGUAUGAUAUUAGGAAAGCUUCAAACCCCAAACUUGCAAUGACACUCAAAUUGCUUAUGAAUUCGACAUGGGGAUAUUCCAUUAAGAAACCUCAAGAGAUGAAGA